AUGGUCCACACAGCAGAGUAUCUUCCCGAAACCGGUACCAAAAUCGGCUCGGUUCUCCAAGGUGGCUACAACCAUCCGCUUGCCAGAGAGUGGCAGCUGGAAAAACAGUUAACCAAGAACAUGUUCAUUUUCCCGUUAUUCGUAUCCGAUGAGCCAGAUGAAGAGACUGAAAUUCCUGCUUUGCCAAACAUCAAGAGAUAUGGGCUCAACAAGUUGAUUCCGUAUGUCAAGACUUUGGUCGACAAAGGACUUCGUGCUGUGAUCUUGUUUGGUGUACCUUUGAAAGAAGGUGUCAAGGACGAAGUAGGAACGGCAGCUGAUGAUCCAGAGGGCCCAGUGAUCUUGAGCAUCAAAGCAUUGAAGAAAAACUUCCCAGACUUGUAUGUCAUGUGUGACGUCUGCUUGUGCGAAUAUACGAGCCAUGGACAUUGCGGUGUAUUGUACGAAGACGGUUCCUUAAACAGAGAGACUUCGGCAUUGAGAAUCGGUGCCGUUGCCGUUAACUACGCUAAGGCGGGUGCUAACUGUGUAGCUCCAUCUGAUAUGGUUGACGGUAGAAUCAAAGAUAUCAAAGUAGGUCUCAUCGACGCAGGUUUGGCUCAUAAGUGUCUUGUAAUGUCUUACGCCGCCAAGUUCUCUGGUAACUUGUAUGGACCCUUCAGAGAUGCUGCCGGCUCAGCUCCUAGCCACGGUGACAGAAAGGCUUACCAGUUACCACCAGGUGGUGCUGGCUUGGCUCGUAGAGCUCUUUUGAGAGAUAUGGAAGAAGGUGCCGACGCUGUCAUUGUCAAACCUUCAACUUUCUAUCUUGACAUCAUCAGCGACGCUUCCAGAUUAUGUCACGACUAUCCAAUCUGUGCCUACCAUGUCAGUGGAGAGUAUGCCAUGUUGCAUGCUGCUGCCGAAAAGGGCAUAGUUGAUUUGAAGGGCAUAGCUUUUGAGUCUCACCAGGGUUUCUUGAGAGCAGGCGCCAGAUUGAUCAUCAGUUACUUUACUCCAGAGUUCUUAGAAUGGCUUGAUUAG